UGGUGACAAAGAAAAGCGCAUCUAAUAGCGGUAACAUCUAACGCGAGAUUCAGACUAGAAAGAGGAGGGGAGUGUGCUGUGGCGCUGACGAGAGAGAGAGAGAGAGAGAGAGAGAGAGAGGAAUGCGUCGCUAAUGAGUAAACGGACCAUCGCCCGAGCACGAAAGAGCGGACAACGGAAAGGGGGAAAUGAGGAAAAACGGAGAAAUGUUGUAAACCGCAAAAAAAAAGAGCAGUAAGGGGAGGUGGAGAACGAAGAAAACCGUCAUAUAUAUUAAUUGGAAGGAUUACAAUUACCCUAUACUGCUGAAUAGAAUCCAACUAGGAUUUUUAAUGCUGCCCUCACGGAGAAUUGAGCUAACGGAUUUACUGGUCUUCUGAACCAUGCAGCGGCUUUUGCUCCUGAGUUUGGCGUUGAGUUUUCACCGUGUGUGGACAGCACGUUUCUCCCAGGAGCCAGCGGACCAGUCGGUGGUGCUGGGCCAGAGGGUGAUUCUGUCCUGUGUUGUGUUUAACUACUCGGGCAUUGUGCAGUGGACCAAGGAUGGACUGGCCCUGGGCAUCGGAGAGGACCUCAGGGCCUGGCCGAGGUACCGUGUGUUGCGGGUGCAGGAGCUGGGCCAGUAUAACCUGGAGAUCAUCUCAGCUGAGCUGUCUGAUGACUCCCUGUACGAGUGUCAGGCCCCAGACGCUGCACUACGUUCUAGAAGAGCCAAACUCACCGUCCUCAUCCCCCCAGAUGACCCAGUGAUAGACGGGGCCCCUGAGGUGCUGCUGAAUGCAGGGGACCACUAUAACCUGAGCUGUGUGUCCCGCGGGGCCAAGCCCCCUGCCAUGAUAGAGUGGCAGAAAGAUGGGAUCCCUGUAGAUGGAGCAGUCAGCACCACCGAGGUGCUCCCGGACAGGAAGAGGGUGACGACCCACAGCUUCUUGCCCAUCCACCCAGUGGACACAGACACAGGGAGGAACUACAGCUGUGUGGCCAGUAACCUGGCUAUCCCCACCGGGAAACGCACCACCGUCACCCUCAACGUACACCACCCCCCCACGGUGACACUGUCCAUCGAGCCUCGCUCCGUCUUAGAGGGGGACAUCGUUACCUUCACCUGCGCCGCCUCCGCCAACCCUCCUAUCAUGGGAUACAUGUGGGCUAAAGGUGGAGUGAUCCUGCAGGGAGCCAGAGAGAGUGUGUUCACCACCAAAGCUGACCAUUCCUUCUUCACUGAGCCAGUGUCCUGCUCAGUGUUCAACGCCGUGGGCAAAACCAACGUCAGCAUCCUGGUCGAUGUACACUUUGGUCCUAUUCUGGUAGUGGGGCCCAGGCCAGUGACAGUGGACAUAGACUCUGAUGUCACUCUGAACUGCAAAUGGGCCGGCAACCCUCCUCUAACACUUACCUGGACCAAGAAAGGCUCCAAUAUGGUCCUUAGUAAUAACAACCAGCUGUUCCUGAAGUCAGUAAGCCAGGCAGACGCUGGGCAGUACAUGUGUAAGGCCAUCGUCCCCAGGAUCGGAGUGGGAGAGACAGAGGUCACGCUCACUGUCAACGGUCCCCCCAUCAUCUCCAGUGAGCCCGUCCAGUAUGCGGUGAGGGGGGAGAGAGGAGAGGUCAAAUGCUACAUCGCCAGCACACCUCCACCGGACAAGAUUGUGUGGGCGUGGAAAGAGAACGUGUGGGAGAAGGAGAAGGGGACUCUGUUGGAGAGGUACACGGUGGAGCAGAGUAAACCUCUGUCUGAGGGAGGGGCUGUCCUCUCCACCCUCACCAUCAACAACGUCAUGGAGGCUGACUUCCUGUCCACCUACAACUGUACUGCCUGGAACGCCUUCGGACCCGGGACCAUGAUCAUCACCCUGGAGGAGACUGAGGAGGUCCCAGUGGGUAUAAUAGCAGGAGGGACUGUUGGCUGCACCAUCCUGCUGUUCCUGUGUUUACUAGUCCUGGUGCUCAUCUUCUACCGGCAGCACAAAGGCAGUCGUCGCGGGGUCACGCUGGGUAAGCCAGACAUCAAGGUAGAGACAAUAAACAAGGAGACCCACAGUCUGGAGGAGGACUCCGGCAGUGUUUCCACGGCAUCACGCAUGGUCAAGGCCAUGUACUCGCCCUUUAAAGAUGAUAUAGAGCUGAAACAGGACCUACGCAGCGACACUCUAGACACACGCCAGGAGUACGACCUUAAGGAUCCCACCAAUGGCUACUACAACGUGCGAGCCUCCACACACGACGAGGGCCGUCCCGCCUCCCGCUCCAUGCACUACUCCGACUACCGGCCCUCCAACACCCCAGGGGGCGCUGCCUCCAUAAGCAGCAGUGUUGGAGGAUCGGGGGCCAUAGCCAGCGGAGGAGGCCCUCCAGGCCCAGGGCCCCUCAACACCCCUGGCCGCCCCAGCUGCUACGACCCCCGCCCCCCCUCCAGACUGUCCCAUAACAGCUAUGCUCAGUUUAACACAUUCACCCGGGCUGGGCAGAGCCAGCCGCCCCCUCCCAACCCCCCGCCGCAGACCAGCGACUUCCCUGGGGACUGCAGCCUGUUGGACUCCUCUCAACUGGCAUACGACAACUAUGGCUAUCCCUCUCACCCCUAUACCCCCUACCGCAUGGGAUUCGCCCCGCCCACUCUGGCUCCCUUGGAAGCCGGUCCGUCCUAUGAGAUGUACGGGGUGGGGCCGGGGGUGGGGCCUGGUGUGGGGGUGGGGCCUGGGGCAGCUCCGUCAGGGUCAGAGACUGGACUGGGGAAGUAUGGAAGUUCGACCCGCUUCUCCUAUACCUCGCAGCAUUCUGACUACGGCCACAGAGGGCACACACAGAGGAUGCAGACACAUGUGUGAGAUACAGUUAAUUCUCACGUAGAGGGUGAGGGUGCAUUCUCAUACACACUGUCACUCAGACGCACACACACAUUCGCAUUCUCAAACAUAUACACACAAACACACUUGAGUGUACACAGACACACACACUGAGACACACACACAUGCAGACAGACACACACAUACGCACACACACACACACACACACACACACACAUACACAGGAGUUAGGAUUUGCCCAUGAGACAGGGAGGGUAUGAGAAAGAGAGAUAGUCCAGAUCAGUGGAAAAUAGAGAGUAUCCCAAUGAGACAGAGGGGAAUUCUUUGUAAUCAGAAUUCCAACACUCCCAGUGUUCAAUUCUUCGCUCUGAAAGAGCAGAAAGCGAAAGUCACAAUCAAGACCAGAGAAAAUAGGACUAGAGAGAACAAGAGAUCUUUAGAUCUUAAUUGUCAAAAUGAAUAGCAGAAGUGCUAUGAAUUUAGACUGUAAUGAGUGACGAGAGAGGGGGGGGGGGGUGUUACAGGCAAUUUAUUCCAUAUACGAUUGCCAAAUAUUAAAGUAAGGCAUAUCAUGGAGAAAUUGACCAUCAAAUAUGGUACUCGUUCGUUGAGCGGGAGAAACCUCAACCAAUGGGGAGUAAUGACUGUCCGCCAUUUUGUUUUAGCUGGUUGUUGUUUUAUACAGUGAUCUUAGAGCACAUAUAUAUCCCAGAAUGCUUUACUUCAUUGGCGCCAUUGGUGCUGGUUAGUGGGGCCAUGGUACGUUUUGCACUGCAUUACAAACAGUAUUCAUUGCUUAGACAUCCGUUAUCUAUAUCUAUAGCUGUAUUAUAUAUGUCUGUUUUUAUUUGCACACCAACAAACUAGAGCUUUGUAUUCUAUUUUUUAACAUUUUACUGAAUUAUUUUUGUCAUAUUUCUGUGAAGGAGGUGUCUGUGGACCAAAAUGUUCUAACUUGAGAGGGUUUAGUAUUUGUUUGGGUGAUAUUCACCCCAACAAACAAAGAGAAACAUGAAGAAGUAUUUGUGGACCUGUUUCUGUCAGCCAUGAUGACUGGCAGAAUUCAGGAAGGGGGAGUAUAUACAGGAACCUUUUUACCAAGUGUCCAUGUUGCUCUUUAUUUUGAUGUAAAUCUUGGGUUACAAGCAUUUAUGCAGUAGAUAGCAUGCAGGAGGUCCUUAUAUUGGCAGGUGUUGUGUGUUGCUAGGCCUACCAAGGGUUUAGGUAUUGAGGCAGUUCCGGGCAUAUGGAACUAUAAGCCUGGUAGCCUGGGAUCCAAACUGAAAUCGCUUUGUUACACCAUUUAUAUGAAUAUACUACAUAAUUGAUAUGAUGAAACAUAGCAAAUUCAGCUUGGAUCCAGGCUAUAAGCCUUAGCCUGGUGCCCCCUGCUGAAAUAGAAAGAGGUGAUGUGGUAGCCUGGUCCCAGGUCUAUUUGUGCUGUCUUGCCUACUCCUGUGGUCAUUGUCACACUUGCGAACAAACAGAGCUGGGACCAUGGCUAGUGAGAUGGUGUGUACAGAGGUUUAGAACAGAGUGGCCUUAGGGAACAUGUGGUAAACGCUUUCAUUACUCAUACACAAUCAGCCAUGAUGACGAGGCCUGAGGAGAAUGUGUAUAGAAAGGGGCAAUGAAGGUUUUUCUACAGUAUUGACAUAUAAUGGUGUGUGAUUGUGUGAAUGUGUAUGGGUGAAAGAAAGAAUGAGCAAAAGGGAGAGAGAGAGAGUGUGUGUGUGUGUGUGUGUGUGUGUGUGUGUGUGUGUGUGUGUGUGUGUGUGUGUGUGUGUGUGUGUGUGUGUGUGUGUGUGUGUGUGUGUGUGUGUGUGUGUGUGUGUGCACAUCUAUUUGUACAGUGUUUGUAUAGAUGUGUGAAUGGCUGUGUGUGUAUGUAACACAUAGACAUACCGUACUCUACCUGCGUGUGUGUGUGAAUAUUGUAUGCGUGUGUGUAUGUCUGUAUGUGUUUAUGUGUGUGAGUGUUUUAGUAAUACAACAUUUCCCAAACUCGGUCCUGGGGCGGAUGUUUGGGUUUUUGCCCUAGUACUACACAACUGAUUCAAAUAACCAACUCAUCAUCAAGCUUUGAUUAUUUGAAUCAGCUGUGUAGUGUUAGGUGCAAAAACCAAAACGUGCCCCCUUUGGGGUCCCGAGGACCGAGUUUGGAAAACGCUGCAUUAAUCUGUCCAUAUCAUUUCUCUUCGCAAUCCUGUUCCAAUACUUGUAUACCUCUGGUAGGACUGUAUCCUGUAUUAUUGUGUCUUUGAAUUUAGAAAUACAAUGUUUAUCUUAUUGUACUGUUCAACGUAGCAGAGAAAAACUGUUCAAAAGAUGUACAACAAAAAUCACAUUUUCAUUUUUUAAGUUCAUUAUCUCCAAUAUUUUUUAAAAAUGGUAUGUAAUUAUUUUUCCACAGUAUUACAGAAAUAAAAAGCACUGUUUUUUAUAAAAAUUAA